AUGUCGACGAGUGGUUCUCCGGUUGAGUUUCUAUCUGGUGCGUUCUUUCGUUUGAACAAGGAGCAAGGAGUAGCGAAUGCGGCGAUUGCGGUGGUGGAGGUUAAGACGUCGUCGAUUGAUGGGAAGAUGACAACGAUGGAGGCGGUGAUUACGAAUCUAGCUUCAUCGGUGCAAACAGUGUUGAAAUCGAUGGGGAAGAAGCCAGUUCAGGAGCUGGAACAACAUUCCGCGUCGUCUCAACCGCACCCUCACGUACGAACUCCAUUUUCGGAGCGGAACAAUCGAUCUUCAUUAUCCUAUAGAUCUGAUGAGCUGAACUUGGAUAAUCGAGAGAGUAUGCUUAAGAAAGUAGAGAUGCUGGUUUGUGAUGGUAUGAAGGGAGCGGUGAAGAAAGGGGAGUUUAAGCAGAGAUUGUUGGUGAGGUUUUCGGAUUUCAUUGAUGAUGAACCUGAGACGAGACUAUUUUCCAUCAAACAAACUGGUACUGUGACUGACUAUGUCUCAGAAUUUGAAGAGCUCUUAGCGCAAGUUCCUGAUUUGGCAGAUCAUCAUCUGGAACGCCUUUUCUACAAUGGAUUGAGUUUGGAGAUGAAGGAAGUGAUUCAAAUGAAGGAUCCCCAAGGUUUGCAAAAUUUUAUUGCUGCGGUGUUGCGUAUGGAGACAAGCGCAUUUUGCAAAAUCGUUUGUGAAUCAAACGCUGGUUCUACGCCGGUUCAGAAGUCUGCUACUGGGACUACUACUCGUACUCAAGGGCCGUUUAUUCAGAACCGUGUUGAAGGAGAAUGGAAGGAUAAUAAACAGGACCGUUCUGCACAGUGGGCGAGGUUGAAGUAUUCUGAUGCUGAGUUGGAUGGUAUGAGAAGGGAAGUGGAUGAUGUGGAUGAUGUUGAGGCUGUGGCGGUGUUGGCUGAGAGGAGUGAGUUAAAGACUUUGUCAUACAAUGCCUUUAUGGGGAUCAGUUCUCCUCGUACUAUCAAGCUGUGGGGUUAUGUUGGUCAGAAGGGAGUUACAAUGUUACUUGACAGUCGAGCGUCUCACAAUCUUAUCUCUCCUGGCAUUGUGCAGAAUUUGAGUUUGUCGGUGGGUGAAGCUACGGGUUUGGUUGUUCUUUUAGGAAAUGGCGUGAUUGUGAAGGGUAUGGGAGUUUGUCAAGCGGUGAAAUUUCAUAUCAACUCCACGACGUUUACUUCUGAUUUCAUUGCGUUGGAGCUUGGUUCUGUGGAUGUGAUUUUGGGGAUUCAAUGGCUCGAGACGUUAGGGAAGUGUGAAGUUGACUGGAAGGAACAAGAAUUAUCGUUCAAUUAUGGAGGCCAAAGAGUGACUUUGUUGGGUGACCGAAGUUUACAUGAUACUGGUGCUUCGUUUAAGAUGGUAGUGACAGAGGACCCAAUGGUUCAGGUGGUGCAGGAGAUUCAAUGUUCAAGUUUGGUGGUUCCUCUUUCGACUCCUACUAUGCCUGCAGCGGUGUCAUCGUUUCUUAAACUGUUUGAAGACGUGUUUGCGGUCCCUACGCAGUUACCACCGGUUCAUGGAAUUGAACAUUCAAUUUCUUUACUACCGGGGGUUUCUACAGUUUUAGUGAGACCAUAUCGUUAUCCUCAUGCUACCAAGUUGGUGAUGGAAAAGAUGGUGAAUGAGAUGUUGGACAGUGGGAUAAUUUGUCCAAGUAACAGCCCGUUUUCGAGCCCUGUCUUGCUCGUCAAAAAGAAAGAUGGAAGUCAUCGUUUCUGUGUUGAUUACAGGGCUCUUAACAGAAUUACCGUGCCGAAUAAGUUUCCUAUUCCGGUCAUUGACCAACUUAUUGAUGAGUUACACGGUUCAGUAAUCUUCUCAAAGCUUGACUUGCGAUCGAGGUAUCAUCAGAUUAGGAUGAUGGACGAAGACAUUCACAAGAUUGCUUUCCGUACUAUCGAAGGGCACUAUGAGUUUUUGGUGAUGCCUUUCGGCUUAACCAACGCUCCUGCUACCUUUCAGGCUCUUAUGAACAGAUCAGUGGAGCAACAUGUGGAACACUUGAAGGCUGUAUUGAACGUGUUUCGUGAUAAUCAUAUGUUCGCGAAUCAAAAGAAGUAUAGUUUUGGGCUUACUGAAGUGGAAUAUCUUGGUCACAUAAUCUCGGCGUCUGGUGUGGCUACAGAGACCACUAAAACUGAAGCAAUGCGAGUAUGGCCUUCACCAAGGAAUGUGAAACAGCUGAGAGGUCUUUUGGGUUUAACGGGUUACUACCGUAAAUUCGUAAAGGAUAAUGGUACCAUCGCAAGACCCUUAACUACAUUGUUGAAGAAAGAUCAAUUUUGUUGGUCUGAGUUGGCACAUGCUGCGUUUGAUCAGUUGAAGUUGGCUAUGUCAUCUACUACGGUGUUGGCACUGCCUGAUUUCUCAAAACCGUUUGUCAUUGAGUCGGAUGCUUCGGGUUUUGGGUUAUGGGCUGUUCUCAUGCAGAACAAGCAACCUAUUGCGUUCUUCAGUCAUGCCCUCACUCCUCGUGAGCAGUUAAAGCCGGCAUAUGAGCGCGAGCUUAUGGCAGUAGUGAUGGCGGUUCUUAAAUGGAAACACUAUCUUAUUGGGAGGAAGUUCGAAGUUCAUACAGAUCAGCGUAGUAUUAAAUUCUUGUUGGAGAAGAAGGAGGUUAAUAUGAAGUAUCAGAGGUGGUUGACAAGACUUUUGGGAUUUGAUUUCGAGAUUUUUUAUAAACCUGGGUGUGAGAAUAAAACGGCAGAUGGGUUGUCGAGAAGUUUGGAGGAUGGGCAGUCAUCGUUUCAAGGAGAUUUUUUGGCCUUGACUAUUCCAUCAGUGCUGCAGUUGCAAGACAUUUAUAAGGAGGUGGAUACUGAUUCCGAGUUACAGUCAUUAAAAAGAGAGAAUUUUGGAGGGGGACGUGAAGAAUGCUUGUUAUCAGAUCAUUCAGGGUCGCUUAUGACACAGAAGUCUUAUACCUUGUCUCCUGCUGGCUUGCUUCAACCAUUGCCGGUUUCUGAGCGUGUAUGGGAAGAUAUCUCGCUCGAUUUUGUUGAAGGGCUGCCUACUUCUGGUGGAUUUGAUGUGAUUUUGGUCGUUGUGGACCGUUUAAGCAAGUAUGGGCACUUCUUUGGAUCGAAACAUCUGUUCUCGACUGUUGAUGUCGCAUCUAAGUUCGUGACUGAAGUGGAACGUGAUUUGAUGUUGGAGAACAUUAAGAAGAAUUUGUUGCGGGCGCAUGACUUGAUGAAGCGUAAUGCUGAUGGUCAUCGUCAUGAUGUGGAGUUUGAAGUGGGAAUGUUGGUUUAUUUGAAACUCAAGCCGUAUCGUCAGCAAACUGUGGCUCGUAGGGUUUGUCAGAAACUCGCUGCAAAAUUCUAUGGUCCAUUUUCUGUGAUUGCUCGUGCUGCGCUCGGUAAAGGGUUUGAAGCUCAACCCCUACCUACGGUGCUCUUGGAUGAGGUGGAACAGAGGUUGGUUCCUGAGGACGUGGUUGCGAAAUGGUAUGACACGACUGGGUAUUUGGAGUUGCUAGUUAAGUGGUGCGCGUUGCUUGAGUAUGAGAAUUCUUGGAUGUCUUACCGUGAGUUUGUAGCACAGUUUCCUGAUUUCAAGCUUGAGGGCAAACUUGAUUUCAUAGGGGGAAGUAUUGAUAAGUUCAAGCAGGCUUAUGUUCGCAAAGGCGGUAAGAGUUUAGAAGAAUUUGAAAAGAGUGAAGAGUCUCGAGAUGAGUCAGAGGCUUCACGUUUGGAUGCAGUUUCGAAUAAAGAAGGAAAGACUCUGGUGGUCGCAGAAGCUUUGCCGUUAGAGUAA